AUGUUAAUGUUGGAGGCAUUCUUUGCUAUCAACGUGGGGUUUGUUGUGUCAACGUUGGAGGACUAUACAAGAUCGACCUCGGACCAGUCAACGCCAAUGAUAUGGGGAUGGAGUGUAGACGCAUCGUAGAACGCGUUUGUUUUCGUUUGAAGUUGACGUCUUGUUUGAGAGUAGAUGUGACAGAUUUGCGUAGAAUAGGGUAAGAUGUUAUCAUGAACGGAGAUGAAAGGGCUUUUCCAACACGGAGAUGUAGCAUGGAUCAAAGCAUUUGUUGGAUUUCAGCUUUUACAAGCGGACAUCAACGCAGUAGUAUUUUAGCAAGCUUACGAACGCAUAUAGGAUACCAUCAGGAUU